UUCAAAGACUGGGGUUCGUCAUUUGUAUUGUGGCAUGAGGGUGUAAAAAAUAGAACCCGAACUAGUGAAUGCGGUAUUUUUUCUUUAGCGGUUGCUUCAGACUCGAAGACUGGAUUUCGUUAUUUGUAUUAUGGUGCAAAUCUUACGCACAGACGACAGCACCUUCUUGAAGUUCCAUCGAUCGUACCGUCCGCUAUGAAAAAACAUAUCAUACCUUGAUGACAAAGUCUUCAUUUGCUCGCAAGCUUUGACUACCCGAGAGAAUCGAACUAAAAUCACAGCAUGUCCGAUGCAAGAAAGUCUCCCGCAACAGAAAGAAACAAAGAUGUCGAAGCGUCUGGGAGCCUCUUAGYCAUAGAAGAACCUUUMACUAACAAACAACACAWUGCUGCUUCCAAUCAUUCUACCUCGAUUCCAGAUGCCGUUGCGGUUGGAAACAAACUCGGCUCAWCCCCUCCCGAGUCUAGAUCAUCGUCGUCAGYCCCCGAAGCACUUGUUACCUUGUCAUCCAACAGCAAUGUGCUACGAGUCGAAAGCGAGCCCGUCGCAGUGGCCAYGGCUGUAAAGUAUGGGGACAAUUCCAUGUCUAGUGAUGACAACGAGAGGAAGUACAAGUAUAAUGUUAAAGCUYUCACUUGCAUUUUGGUGGUGAUUAUGGUURCCAUUGCCAUUUUUCUCGUCGUAUUCUUUACCUUCGAGAAGAAGCAGACGAAAGACUCUCUCACUGGAGACUCCGAGAACAUCACCACUACUUCAGAGGAAAAUAACCUAAGCGCCUUCGAGUAUUCGGAACGCCGCUCAUCRCUUAUUGAUAUUCUUGAACCCAUUGUUUCUGAUCCACAAGUAUUUGACCCGGAGAGUUCCCAGGCCUCUCCUGAUCGAAUUGACGCUCUCCAAUGGCUUGUUACAACGAACCUGGCCCGCCUCUCUAUCCCGGUUCUCGAACAGCGUACCAGCAACACCAAURGCGACCUGAGUUUGGAAGACUUUCCAGAAAAAACGACUGAARCUGCGGUAAAAAAGCUCCGCCAGCAUUUUGUCUUAGCUCUCUUCUUCUUCGCUACAAAUGGAUCAAACUGGGAAAAUCAGUACUUGUUCCUAUCGGACAUCGAUGCAUGCUUUUGGAACACAUUUCGUUCCACUGCAACAGAARWGAAMKACUUUUUCAUCCCUGAUGGGAUCGAUGCUAGAGGGRUAAUUUGCGAUACGGAGGGGCGGGUCUCUCGCAUCACAAUGUGUAAGUAGGUUUGCUUYGCGGGCCRRUUCAAUGUGUUCGURUUGCAUAUUUUGUCAGCAAAUUUCUACWUAUCUCAACUUAUUGCCUUACAAAUCCUUUACAUAUAAUAACGUGACCAUCUGCAUUCUGAAUUUACGUUGGUGAUAUUGCACACAAACAUAUUGUUAUUGGCUAUGAAAUUAUACAUUCAGAUUGGAACAAUUUGUCAGGAACGUUGCCCUCUGAGUUAUCGUACUUUAAAGAGUCGCUUGUGGAGCUGAACAUAGGAGGUGGUUCAAUUAGUGGUAGCUUUCCACUCUUUUUCGACGAUUUUGAAAAGCUGGACGCUGUGAACCUCAACGAUCAUUGUCUAACUGGAACCGUUUCAGAAGCGUUGUCACGUAUUCCAACUCUCUCUAUUCUUAGCAUAUAUGGUAACAUUGGACUAAAAGGAUCGUUCAAUGGUUUUUGCAACGGCACGAGCUAUAAGGAUGAAAGGAUUGCUUUUCUUGCCGCAGAUUAUUGCGGAAAAUUCAGCGGGUUGAAUAGUUCCGGUGUCGAAUGCGAUUGUUGUAUGUGCUGCGAUCCCAACAACUUUGAGUGCUUUCACCCGGGAUGGGGCACUUCGUCACCAAUCUAUGGUCAGGUGGGAAACUACACGUACAUUAAAACUUUUGAAAAGAAUUGCUUGACUUCUGAUCAAAAAGAAUGGAUAGAUGAAGAAUGUCCGUGCUUCACUAAUACCAUGUUGGAUGGUUACGAAGAUUUCGAAUGCUUGAAUUGCACAGCAGACGGUGCCAGAAAAAGUCACCCGCCAUUUUAAAAUAAAUGCCCAUGUGUAUUGCAUUGAUUGCAUUACUUAUUACGGCACCGCAUAUAACAUAUCUGGAGGGGGACCUCUCCGUAUUGAGAAGAAGCACAUGAUUUAUGCUUGCGUAAUUUCAGGUGCGAAAACAAGUCGCAGAAAGACUACGAAGUAGUAAAUAAGUUAAAAUUAAUUAAAUUAAGUGUU